UUCCUCCAUAUAUUCUCCAUUUCGCUCCACUCUUCCAGACCAUCCAGGAACAACUUCUCUCAUACCCCUCUGACCGCUCCCGUGCCCUGCUCCCUCUGCUAGCACUACUACCCUUACUGCCCCUACUACACCCCUACCGGCGCUCCUAGCGGCGUCACUAUCCCUACUACUAACGCGGACACUAUGGCGAGUAUGAAGCAGAAGGCCGGCGACGCGAUCUCCGCGGCCAAGGAGAAGAUGUCGGAGGUGAGCGCGAAAACCGGCGAGGCCAUGGCGAAGGGCAAGGCGGAGGUCCAGGAGUCUGUGGACAAGGCGCGCCACCCCACCAGCAGGGAGGCGCGCGCGGUGGCGGACGCGAAGGAGGCGCAACGGAAGGAGCGCGCGGAGCUGGAGGCGGAGCGGAAGGUCGCGGGCGCGAUGGAGCGGGAAGCGGCGGAGAAGGAGGCGCGGCGGGAGAAGCAGGGCUUGACUGGGACGGGUGCUACUGGUGCUACUGGUACUGGGCAUCAGGGUGGGCGUCAGGGUGGGCAUCAGGGUGCCACUGGGGACGGUACUGGGACGGGACACGAGUAUGGGCCCGGAGGGGAGCAUGGGUAUGGCAUCACGGGCAUGACUGGCCAUGGCGCUGGAACCAUUGCCUCUGGGCAACAUGGCACCACUGGGCAUGGCACCACCGGGCGUGGCUUGACUGGCCACGGCACCACGGGAGCCACGCAGGUGGGGCAUACCACGGAGCAUGGCACGGCCACGGGUCAUCAUGGCGGGAGCACGGGCCUUGGUGGUAUCAUGGGGGGCCGUGGCGAGUCGGAGCGUGGAGCAGCUGAGUACGGAUCCACAGGCACGGAGGGCACUGGCAGUACAGGUCAUACUGCUGGUACCACUGGCCGCAGGCAUGUGUUUCAGUGAGACCCACCCAGCUGUGGAUGGUACGGUAUGGUAGAACUGAAAAGAGUAUGGUGGUGAAGGCCUGGGAGGGAGUGGAAGGACUCGCCCUGUAAAUAGAUAUGAAACGGCUGGGAGUUUUUGUUGUCUCAGGAAGCUAUGGCACUUGUAAAUACUGGUACCACAUGUACAUGCCGCACACAUAUCUGAGUUGGCCGUAUCGUAUCUGAGUUUUGUAGAACUGAAAUCCAAUUUUA